UCGAGGGACUCCGCUCAGAAUUCGCUCCUCGAGGCCCAGAUUCACACACACACACACUCCGGACUGAGCUCUGCCGUAGCCAUGCCAACCACCGUACUGGGAUUGCUGGGAGUUUUGCUCUGCGCCCUUGCUGUUAGUUCUGAGGUCACACCACAGACAGAUUUCAACAUCGAGAGGGUGGCUGGGAAAUGGUACCUGAUCGGUUUUGCCACCAAUGCGGAGUGGUUUGUCACCCGUAAGGCGCACAUGAAGAUGGGCAUCGCCAUGCUGACACCGACCAAUGAAGGAGAUCUGGAGAUGGCUUAUUCCAGUCUCAAAUCUGAUGGCACAUGCUGGAAGAUGAACCAUCUCGCUCAGAAGUCUGAUGUUCCUGGAAUAUUCAGCUUCCGCAGCGACCGUUGGGAGACUGAAAAUCAAAUGACCAUUGUUGAUGUGAAUUAUGAUGAGUUUGCUUUGAUCCACACUGUGAAGACCAAGGCUGGAUCCUCCACAGUGCUCAACAAGCUCUACGGUAACACACAUUCACAUUAA